ACUACUGCUGUUUAUAUUUUGCAUUUUAAAAUAUUUAUAUAAAACCACCAAGAUAACAUUUGGCAUGUUACAUGUUUCACAGAAAAAUGAUGCAAAAUGUGCAUCCAGCUCCUGAGAAUAAUGAAGAUGAUCUCUAUUCUGGCUACAAUGAUUAUAAUCCCAUGUUUGACACAGAGGAUUUAGAAAAUGAUGUAGCUUUUCAACAGGCAGCAAGAACAAGUCAUGGAAGAAGACCCCCUGUGACAGCCAAAAUUCCUGCUACAUCAAGUCCAAGACCUCUAGCUACUGGAUUUGGGUCAAAGGCAACUUUAACUUCAUCUAUGGGGAGACCUAUGACAGGAACUAUACAGGAUGGGAUUUCUCGACCAAUGACAGCAGUGCAAGCUGCAGGUUACACUAAAGCAGCUGUGAGAGGUUCUUCAUUUGAUCCUCUUGGCCAAGCAAGAGGUCCUGCUUCACCUCUGGAAAAGAAAACUUCAGACAGUUUAGAAGAGAAGAUGAGACAGUUGGAAAAAAAAGUGAAUGAACUGGUUGAAGAAAGCUGUGUUGCCAAUAGCUGUGGAGACUUGAAAUUGGCUCUGGAGAAAGCAAAAGAGGCUGGAAGACAGGAAAGAGAAUUGUUGAGACAACGUGAACAAAUCGCUCCUCCAGAAAGUAUCAACUUAGACCUCACUUACACAGUUCUCCUCAAUCUGGCCAGUCAGUAUGUUGCUAAUGAAAUGUAUGCUGAAGCACUGACUACUUACCAAGUUAUAGUGAAGAAUAAGAUGUUCAGCAAUGGAGGUAUACUGAAGGUAAAUAUGGGAAAUAUUUAUUUAAAACAACGGAACUAUUCCAAAGCUAUCAAAUUCUACCGUAUGGCUCUAGACCAGAUUACUAGUUCCCACAAACAGAUGAGGAUAAAAAUAAUGGAAAAUAUUGGAGUUGCAUUUAUUAAAACUGGCCAAUACGUUGAUGCCAUUUCUUCAUUUGAAGAAAUAAUGAGCAUAUCCCCAAACCUGAAGGCAGGCUUCAACCUGAUCCUGUGUUACUUUGCUAUUGGAAAUGGUGAGCAAAUGAAGAAAGCCUUCAAAAACCUCAUCGAAGUUCCCUUGGAAGUGGAUUAUGAAGACAAAUACAUUUCAUUAAAUGAUGAUCUACAUACAAAUCUACUGAUUGAAGCCAUUAAAAAUGACAGUUUAAGUCAAAUAGAACGUGAGAGGAAGUCCUUGGCAGAGGAAUACAUCAUGACAGCUGCUAAACUCAUUGCACCAGCAAUCGAGACAUCUUUUGCAGUAGGCUAUGACUGGUGUGUUGAUGCAGUGAAAGCUUCCCACUAUGUGGAAUUAGCCAAUGACCUGGAAAUAAAUAAAGCCACUACUUACUUGAGGCAACAGAAUUUUAACCAGGCCCUGGAGACUUUGAAAAUAUUUGAAAAAAAGGAUAGCAGAGUAAAGAGUGCAGCUGCAACAAACCUUUCAUUCCUUUAUUAUUUGGGGAAUGAAUUGGAACAAGCAACUAACUAUGCAGAUUUAGCAGUAAAUUCUGAUAGGUACAAUCCAGCAGCUCUAACUAACAAAGGAAAUACUGUUUUUGCAAAUGGAGACUGUGAAAAAGCAGCUGAAUUUUAUAAGGAAGCUCUCAGGAAUGAUUCCUUAUGCACUGAAGCACUUUAUAAUCUUGGUUUAGCUUACAAGAAGUUAAACAGGAUAGAUGAAGCUUUGGAUUGUUUUCUGAAACUCCAUGCAAUCCUUCCAAAUAGUGCCCAAGUCCUUUACCAGCUAGCAAGCAUAUACCAGAUCAUGGAAGAUCCCAAUCAAGCCAUAGAGUGGCUGCUGCAGUUGAUUAGUGUAGUACCAACUGAUCCACAUGUACUUUCAAAGCUAGGGAAUUUAUAUGAUACUGAAGGUGAUAAAUCCCAGGCUUUUCAUUAUUAUUGUGAGUCAUACCGGUAUUUCCCUUCCAACAUUGAGGUCAUUGAGUGGCUUGGAGCAUAUUACAUUGACACCCAGUUCUGUGAAAAAGCCAUUGAGUACUUUGAAAGGGCAGCACUUAUCCUGCCAACACAAGUGAAGUGGCAGCUGAUGGUUGCCAGUUGCUACAGAAGAAGUGGCAACUACCAGAAAGCUCUGGAGAAAUACAAAGUCAUUCACAGAAAAUUCCCAGAGAAUGUUGAAUGCCUCAGAUUUUUAGUUCGUCUCUGCACAGACAUGGGGCUGAAAGAAGUCCAGGAAUAUAUAACAAAGCUCAAGAAAGCAGAAAAAUUAAAAGAAAUCAGAGAGCAGCGCAUUAAAUCUGGCAGAGAGGGCAGUGCACGGAGCCGCAAAGAGGGAAGUGGUGAUAGUGGUGGUACCAAAGGGGAAAGACUGAGUGCCAAACUGAAAGUUCUGCCUGGAACAAAUGAACCCUAUGAAGGUAGCAGCAGUAAAGAAAUAGAUGCCUCCUACGCAGAUCCACUUGGCCCACAACCAGAAAGACCAAAAACAGCAGCAAGAAAAAGAACGGAGGAAGAUGAUUUUGCUGAUGAAGAACUAGGAGAGGAUCUGCUUCCAGAAUAGCAUAUGGGCCGCUCAUCUUUUUUUUUAAUCCUUGUAAAAGUUUUAGCUGAAACACUUUUCAUUCAUAAUGAUUUUGUAGUGGAUUUUUAUAAACUAUUCAUUAAAUACUUUGAACAUGUGGUACCUUAUGUUAAAAACUUGGAUUUGUAAUUGCAGUGUCUUCUGUGAUUGAUUAAAAAAAUAAUGGUGAGGUUA